AUGUGUUCAUACAUCCAAUUAAAUAAAUCUCCUUCUUUUCUCUCUUCAUGUUGCUUAGACCUUCCCUUUCCGGCCAUCAGGGAUCGCCCUCCCGGCUGUAAGACUGUGUUUGUGGGUGGUCUGCCAGAGAACGCCACUGAGGCACUCAUCGUGGAGGUGUUCGGCCAGUUGGGUGAGAUCAUCGCCAUCCGCAAGAGCAAGAAGAACUUCUGCCAUAUCCGAUUUGCCGAAGAGUUCACUGUGGACAGAGCCCUCUUCCUGUCUGGCUACCGUAUGCGUCUGGGCUCCAGUACAGACAAGAAGGACACAGGGCGGCUCCAUGUGGACUUUGCCCAGGCCAGAGACGACUUGUAUGAGUGGAGUGUCGUCAGCGCCUGUAUGCCAGAGAGGAGAGACACCGCAGGAGGAUGGAGGAGGACCGUUUCAGACCCCCCUCCCCUCCACCCAUCGUCCAUUACUCAGACCACGAGUGUAGCCAGUGGGCGACAAGAUCAAAGAUGAGGCAGCGUUUGCGGAGGCGGUACACGUGCUGCUGACCUGGGUGGAACGCGGUGAGGUGAACCGUCGUAACGCCAACAACUUCUACUCCAUGAUCCAGUCGUCCAACAGCCACAUCCGCCAGCUGAUGAGUCAGAAGGCCGCCCACGAGAAGGAGUUGGAGGUGGCCAAGGACAAGUUCAAGACCGCCCUGUCUGGCAUCCUGGCACAAUUUGAGCAGAUUGUGUCUGUAUUCCACGCUGCUUCCAAACAAAAGGCAUGGGACCAUUUCUCGAAAGCUCAACGCAAGAACCUGGACAUGUGGCGCAAGCAAG